AUGUGGAAGAGCGCUAAGCCAUCUGAGUUGGUCCUGCGGUCGACGCCCUUGCGAUGCAGCAUCAGACAAAUGGGAAUGUCAAAAGUACUAAAGACUGUGGAAUACUGGACUGUGGCUGCUAACUCCUUUUUUCUCCACCUCAUGCAGCACACAAGUAAACUAUCCGACUUCACAUGCAUUAAGACCGUUGGAACGGGCUCCUUCGGUCGCGUCUGUCUGGCUCAACACAAAAACAACAGGCGGCAUUACGCCAUCAAAAUUUUGCAGAAAGCCAAGAUUGUUAAAUUAAAGCAGGUGGAGCACACCUUGAAUGAGAAAAAAAUCUUGUCCUGCAUUACGUUCCCCUUUAUUGUCGCCCUCAAAACGUACUUCAAGGACAAUUCAAACCUUUACAUGGCUCUUGAAUUUAUCAAUGGUGGUGAAUUAUUCUCUCUCAUUAGAAGAGAAGGAAAAUUUAGAGAGGACACAGCACGGUUUUACGGAGCUCAGGUUGUGCUUGCGCUACAAUAUCUGCAUUCCAUGGAUAUCGCUUACAGAGAUUUGAAACCGGAAAACCUCCUCAUUGAUAAACAUGGAUAUCUAAAAUUAACCGAUUUUGGCUUUGCAAAAGUCGUUAAAGGCAGAACCUGGACCCUUUGUGGAACUCCAGAAUACCUUGCCCCCGAAAUCAUCCUCAGCAAAGGCUACAGUCGGGCCGUCGAUUGGUGGGCUGUUGGCGUUCUGAUUUUUGAGAUGAUUGCCGGCUACCCCCCAUUCUUUGCUGAUCAGGCUUUACAGGUUUACGAAAAAAUUGUUGCUGGAAAGGUCCGAUUCCCCUUUUUCAUGAGUACGGAUGCCCGAGCUCUGCUCAGCAACCUGCUUCAAGGCGAUACGACAAAACGUUAUGGUAACAUGCGAAAUGGUGUAGCGGACAUCCAGAGCCACGUCUGGUUCACCAGCAUUGAUUGGAUUGACAUUCUGGACCGCAAGGUGAAGCCGCCUUACGUACCCCACGUGAAGGAUGACGCAGACGCUACACACUUCGAUGACUACCCAGAAGAGGAGAUCGUGGAUGCCACCACCACCACCACCACACCCAAGAUCCUCUACGAAGCAGAAUUUGCGGAUUUCUAG